CACACACACACACACACACACACACACACACACACACACACACACACACACACACACACACACACACCAAAAGAGCAUCCUUAACCCAGCGUGGAAGUGGUUUUAAAUUAGAAGUCAUGUUUUUGGAGUAAUUUGUUUUUAAGGAAGACUUGUUGAGAAGAUGGUGCUGAGAAGCGGCGGCUGGAGAUGAAGAUGUCUGGAGCUGGAUGCUCAGCAGCAGCUUUUUACAUCUUCCCAUCCUCCCAGCAGAAAUAAAAGAGUCAACAUGGCCGCGGAGCAGCUCGCCCUGCAGCACCUCCGAGACUGAAUAAAACAACACAGAGUUAUUUCUCUAUUGUUUUCAGAUUAAAUGGCGUUUAUGUCCCGGUUCUCCCGGUCCAGGAGCAGUUCCAGGUCCCCGAACCGAAAGGACACCGAGCGAGUGCCGCCGCUCCUGACCGUGUCCGAGCUGGAGAGACUGCUGUGCACGGGCAAAACAGCCUGCAACCAUGCAGACGAAGUGUGGCCAAGACUUUAUAUUGGAGAUCAAGAUAUCGCAUCAGACAGACAAGAGCUGGCCAAACUCGGCAUUACACAUAUUCUCAACUGCGCUCAGAGCAAGUGGCGAGGCGGUGCAGAGUAUUACGCCGGGAUGAACAUCACUUAUCUCGGCAUCGAGGCUCACGACUCCCCCACAUUUGACAUGAGCGUCAACUUCUAUCCUGCUGCUGAGUUCAUCCACAAAGCCCUCACCAAUGGAGGUAAGGUGCUGGUCCAUUGCACAGUGGGAGUCAGCCGCUCGGCCACUCUGGUGCUGGCCUACCUGAUGAUCAGACAAAACCUUACGCUGGUGGAGGCCAUCAAAACCGUGAAGGACCACCGAGGCGUCAUCCCCAACCGAGGGUUCCUCCGCCAGCUCAACGGCCUGGACGGCAUCCUGAGAGAAAGCCGUAAGACUUCUCCACUGAGCUGAAAACACACUCAACACACAAACAUACACACUCCUACACAACCUAUGAUAGCAGCUAGAGUUACACUGGGGAGAUAAUGGGACCAAGUAAGGAGCAACUGGUGGUUUCUGAUUCUGCGGCAGCAGGUGACAGCAGGGUUUGACUGAUAUCUGAUCUGGUUUUUUCUGAUUAAUUUAAAUUUGUUAUUUAUUUAUUUAAGUAUUUUAUAUUGUUGUUGAUUUGUGUUUGAGCCUCUGAAAAAACAUCAACAGUGAAUGGUGAAACCUCCAGACAUUUAAUGUCAAAGGGAACUCUCAGCCUAUUAAUGAAGAUCUCAUUAAGUUCUCAGUUUAGGAACAACUCUUCGCUUUUUAUAUGAGGGUGAAUCCACUUCCACUUUUUAAUCGAACUUCAGACCAUUCCACUUGAAACUGAUGUUUUAUUGCCACUGAACCUUCAGAAAACUACAAAAAUGAAAUCAUAUCUUAACAGAACACAGGCUUAUACACUGCAGGAAUCUGUAGCAAAUCUAAUCUCUGGUGCAAUUUUACUUAUGUCGAGAAAUGUCUUUAAAUGAGUCGAUGAUGAUACUGGAAGAAGAUGAAAAAAUCACAUCCCUCUGGUAGAUUCUUUUCUGUCACUUGUACUCAUUUUACUACUAAAGUCAAAGUAGUCCAACCACAUAUCAAUAUUUACUAUCGUCUUAAAUGGUUUAGAAAAAAUAAAUGAGUAGAGAUCACGUCAUUGUAGUAAAUAUAGACAUAAAAAAAACAUUUGUUUCGUCACUGUUGACAAUGAAUAGUGUAGUUAGAAACUGUUUAUGAAAAAUGUAAGGCAAUAUUGAUGUUUUAAUGGAAAUUAUAGGUGAUUGUGUUAUUUUUAGAAUAAUGCAGCUAGUUAUGUAGCUUUUUUGGUAACUGGAAAGCAAGACACUCAUUUUAUUCAUAGUGAAGUAUUUGCUAGAUGACAUACAAUACAAAAAACAACAAGGAACACAUAAAUGGACAUUGAUAGUACUUAUAUGAACUCGUUUUUUUGUUUUAAAAUGAGGCAUCAUUAAUAAAGUGAGUACAAGUGAACUAGUUAAAUGGGAAUCAGAGUAUUGCCACUGGCUCUUAGAGCUAAUAUUAUGAUCAUAAAGGUGCACAAACCUAAAGUUUAUGGUUGUGAUUCAGGGUCCCAAACAUUAAGUCCCUGGAAAUACCACACCUGUUUUUUACCCAUAUGGGCUUUCCUGUCUUUUGUAAUCAAAAAGGAAGGUUAAACGUGAUAUCAGCCCUCAGUAAGAAGACUCUUGCUAAUUAUUCCCCAAAGUUGAAGUAUGUGCAGGUCUUCCCUCGACUUUUUUAAAAUUCAGCAAGUGUCAUUAAGUGCUCUGAACAACUCACACACUUGCGCAGGUCUAUACCAGCACAGUUAUGUAGCCGGCCGAUUAUUGUACUACAGUGUUGUCACAAUCUGUACACAAUUGUUAGCUGUGAUGCACAUACAAUACUUGGAGUAUAUUAGGAUUUUAGUUUGAGUUCAAUGUAUUGGUUCAAUGAAAUAGUCACAGACCUUCUUAAUGUUUGUAUUAGAUAUCUGAAAUUCAUCCAGUAGAGAUGAAUGGACAUUCAAGGGAUGGACAUUACAGUCUAGUGUAUCACCCCUUAAUCACUAUAAGGGGGAUUAUUUAAUAUGGCUGCAUUUAGAGGCAUUGAGACUUGAUGUGCAGUGGGAGAAAAUACCACACAUGUGCCAUUGCAAAAGCUACCUACUGCCUGGCUGUCAGGAGAGCUCGCAGUGUUCAAUGCUGUACGCAAGUCUUACAAAGUCUGCUCUUUUGUCUCGAUAUUUAGAGAGGCCUGUGUUCUCAUGCUAACGAAAAACAACAUAGAAUCCAAUGCUGAAAUUUAAACCAGCUUUUCAAAUAGUUUUAUUAACGAUUACCUCGGGUAUCACAUCUGUUUUUUGUGACUUGGUCUUUAUUUGUGCUGUUUUAAAAUCACUAUGAUGAAAUUGGGUAAAGAUUUGUGCUUUGCUCAACUCACAGGAAAAGUACAAAUGUAAACAAAGAGCUAAUUAGUGGAUUUGUACAGUCUGUGGGGGUAUUAAGGCAUAUUUUGAAUGUUUUUGAAAUAAGCUCAUCGGCUUUUCCUGCCGAUAGUAAGAUGAGAAGAUAACUCUGUGCGAUAAGUAUGGAGCUGGGGCAGAAGGUGAUUAGCUUAGCUUAGCAUAAAAACUGGAGGAAGGGGUAAACAGCUAGCCUGGCUCUGUCUACCCUGUUUUUACAUUAAUGUUUGUUAAUGGAUUAAACUAACAAAAGGUUUCAUGUAAUGGAACUCUGUUGCUAAGCCUUUCAUGUCUGAGUUUACAAAAAGCAACAAAAGAAGUCAUUUUUUGUAAAACAGGUAUUUGUUUUCACACGAAAGGUCACAUUUUUAAGUGGUUUGACAGUGUUGUUGGUGAAAUAAUGCUAGCGGAUUUUUUCAGCUGUAGUUGUUAAAGCCAACAUGUUUCUAGUAAAAAAGUAGCAUCCACUUGAUGAUCUAUGUUAGAGAUUUUGCUAUCCUUUUUUAAAAUAGUUAGCACUUUGUAUUACUGUUUCUAGUGCUAAUGCUAAGCUAAGAUAAUCACCUUCCUAUUGACUGCGCUAUAUCCUUAAAGAGUGUUUUGUGUUGUGGCCUUGGGAAGUGCUAUCACCAGUUGACGGGACAGUUUGCCUGCAUUGUGUGUUAGAUUAAUACCCAUUUGCAUCAUAGCUGGCUUCUUUGGGACCAAUAUAUGACUCAAGGAGCCACAUCAGACCCCUUAUCCAUAUUGCAUGAAAGAUAUUUUUAUUGGGAUCUUCGGAAUUUUGAAUAGGCCCAUUUUGUAUGAUAUUUCGAUUGAUUUGUGAAGGCAUGGAGUAACUACCAAGGUCCAGAAUCAACCCGUCAGAAAUGUUAUGUUACAUUUGGUGUCUGAAAAGCAAAGACAAGACUUAAGUGUAAGACUUUCUGUUAAAUACAAUGAUGUCCUGGUGCAGCUUAAACAGUCUUUUCCCAGAAGAUUUCCACUCAGUUAAUACACAAGGUAAACACUUUUUAAAUGGUAUACUAUCCAAGAAUAUUCUCUGGACAGGGCCUUUAUCCAUUGCAAUCUUUAUCUUUGCUGUAUUGGAUCUUUGUUUUGUAUUUGUGGUUUUACUGUGCCGUGAUUGGUCGUUGAUCUCUAUUCCUGUUUAUAUUGUCUUACUAUUUUUGUUUUCUUACUGAAACCUUUCUAUAGGGCAACUUCAAUUAUUUUGAAUGUAUUUAUGUAUCACUCCCUUUGAGGUUCAUUGAAGAUGAAACUGGCAAAGGAGAUGUCGAUGCCUUAAUCUGUGUACUUCACGUUGGAUUUUAGACUUUUGUUUCUAUGUUUUUAUUGUGAAUAACACUGAGCAUUGAUAACUUUGUUUUGAUAAAUUCUGUACUUAAUCAGAAAUAAAUUUAAAAAAAACUUCUCUCA